AUGAGUAGGAGCAAAAGUACACUUUGCACGAAUGCAGCUGUGUCCUGCGAUAUGGCAGGCUACUCUAUAGGCGGACGUCGAGUGUCGUCGUCUUUCCUGUAUUCUGGUAAUUUGGAGCAGCAAGACGUUUUCAAUAUCCUACGUUCUCUCUUUGUCCCUUCUCUUCUCCGCAUACCAACUGCAACACCUCCCGAUAUCGCAGAAGAGCAGCACAAUCCUCUUCACGCCUUUCUUUUUGGUCCGGCUCAUCGAUCCUGUUUCCCCUUGACCCUCAUUCCCGAUGCUCGCUCGCCAUCUGCACUCUAUCCUUCCCACAUUCUCUCAUUGCUGAACGACAGCGCGGAGAAGACGACUAGCAUUCUUGAUUCACUCAUGGUACUUGCAUGGCUCGAUUUCUAG